UUAAGAAAGAGACGACUUUCUUCAUACGCCGCCGUUAUAGGCAGUUUCCGCCAGUCCCUUGAGCCGCUCCACCACAUACAAAAAGUUCUACUUCAAUAAAAAGAGAAGCAGAGCGUGAAAAUGGGGUGUAGGAACACCUUCUACACCUUAAUCGUAACAUUCUCUGUAGCUCUAAUCACCUACAACAUCCUAAUCUCAGCCAACUCUCCUCUAAAGCAAGAGCUUCCCGGUCCUUCAAUAUCAUCGAAUUCCGACCCAUUAAUCAAGAUGAUGCCUCAAGGGUCAAAUUCAAAGAAGAGGUUGUUUCACACGGCCGUGACAGCUUCCGACUCGGUUUACAACACUUGGCAGUGCCGGGUCAUGUACUACUGGUUCCAGCAGCAUAAGAAUGGACCCAAUUCAGAUAUGGGUGGGUUUACUCGGAUAUUGCACUCGGGUAAACCCGACAAGUACAUGGAUGAGAUCCCCACUUUUAUUGCUCAGCCAUUACCAGCUGGAACGGAUAAGGGCUAUAUAGUCCUAAACAGACCUUGGGCGUUUGUACAAUGGCUCCAAAAGGCAUACAUAAAAGAAGAUUAUAUAUUGAUGGCAGAGCCAGACCAUAUCAUUGUCAAGCCGAUACCGAAUUUAUCGAAGCCUGGUCGCGGCGCUGCGUUUCCUUUCUUUUAUAUAGAACCUAAAAAGUACGAGUCGAUUCUGAGGAAGUACUUCCCUGAGAACAAGGGUCCGAUAACCAAAAUCGACCCCAUAGGAAAUUCUCCCGUCAUUAUUGCUAAGGAUUCCCUCGAAAAAAUUGCUCCAACUUGGAUGAAUGUCUCGUUGGCAAUGAAGAAAGAUCUCGAAACAGAUAAAGCUUUCGGUUGGGUGCUUGAAAUGUAUGCUUAUGCGGUUUCCUCUGCCUUGCAUGGUGUUGGUAACAUCUUGCACAAAGAUUUCAUGAUCCAGCCUCCUUGGGAUACAGAAGUCGGUGACAAGUUCAUCAUUCAUUUCACUUAUGGGUGUGACUAUGAUUUGAAGGGUAAGUUAACCUAUGGAAAGAUCGGAGAAUGGAGGUUCGAUAAAAGAAGUUUCACUAAUGAAGCACCACCGAGAAACCUUCCCCUGCCUCCUCCCGGUGUUCCGCAAAGUGUGGUAACUCUGGUGAAAAUGGUCAACGAAGCCACAUCAAACAUUCCAAACUGGGGCUCCUAGAAGAUAAAAGCUUUUGGAGGAUUCAACGAGCACACUCGACAUACAUUUCGAGUUUUGGUUAUAGUUAAGGUCGACAAUGGGUUGGAUGUUUACAGUUUCUAUAGAAUCAAAAUCCGAAUUUACAAAUCUGCUUUAUCUUUCACAUUUAGUCCGACGAUUACUAUUCGAAUUCGAAAUCAAAUUAGCUUAUCGUUGUUUUAA